AUGGUUAUCUUUUAAAACUAAGUUCUCUGUAUAUGUGCAGCUAAUCACUGUUUGCUCUUUAGCCAGUUGACACAUGCUGUUUAUAAGCUUGUUGAACAAAGAAGAAAGUUAAAGCCUCAAAGAAAGGAAAGGAAGAAAGUGGGAGCGCAGGCUCUCUGUGAUGGGGAUGUUAAGAUUCUUGUCAGAAUACUGAGGGCUUACAAUAUUCCUGCCAGGAAAGUAACCAUAAAUAGCAGAGAGUAUAUGGGUCCAUGGUGACAGACUCUAGAGGGUGACCAGUUUAAGGCAUCAUGAAUAGCAAGUGUUCCUGUAUAUUGAUUGUAUCCUGAAGAGCCUUGGAUAUGCCCACUUACUCUGGAUCACCCAUGCCUUGCCUCAGACAUAAACAAGCAAUCAAGUCAGUAGCCUCAGAUGACAACCUGAAUGAUGACACCGUACGUCCUUUUGUAGAAGUUUCCUUUCAACACACUGUAUAUGAAACCAGUAUUGCAAGUGGAUCUCAUCCAUGCUGGAAUGAAGAAAUUAAAGCAAAUUUUAUUUCACCGGGACAUAAUUAUAGUUUCUCAAGCCUAUCUAAAAUAAAAGAUAAUAUAUAUAUCAACAUUUUUGAUGAAAUGAUUAUUGAAAAACAUGAGGAUCGCUGUCUCAAGAGCUGCAAUUGUCAUUCAUAUGUAAGAAAAAAUUGGCUCGGAUCUAUUGUCUUCCCUUUCUCCGCUCUUCUGCAACAAUCUGAGUUUUCAGAUCAAAUAGAUGUUUUGCAGAGAGCAUGGACCUUUAAAAAAGGCUGCAAAGCAGAAUUUCCUAACCGAAGAAUCGUAACUACUGUUUUUAAUGAGGAAGGGAUACAGAUCUUAGUAACAAGAUAUAUCAAGGCAUUAAAUCCACCUCAACAACUUCUGGAUAUGUUUCUUCGUGAUUCUAAUUCAACACUUGACCUCAUUGCUCGAUUUGUAUCUUUGAUUCCUCUCAUACCUGACACACUGGAUGAAAAUGAUGGUUUUGACAUAUGGCUGACAUCUGAGCGCUGCAUCAGUUUGACUGUUGGAAAUAAGGAAGAACAUGCCAUCCUUCUCUGUAAUUUCUUUCUGUAUUUUGGGAAAAAAGCUUUGGUUCUUCUGGGAACUUCAGUAUUGGAAGGACAUGUGGCAUAUGUAUUAACUCAAGAAACAGAUGAAUUCUUGCUUUGGAAUCCUUUAACUGGGCAAUGCCAUAAGCAGUGUGACCCAUUUUGCCCUUUACAAAGUGUGGACUGUUUGUUCGAUGGUGGGAAUGUCUGGUUUAAUGUGCAACAGAAUAGCACACCAAUGGCUGUACAUUUUGACUAUUCAAAGGAAAGAUUCUGGAAACAGUUGUUUCCAAAAAAUCUUCAAGGAACAAAAUCCCAAAGUAUACAGCCUGAAGAAAUCGUUUAUUUUGAUACUGAUAAAAGUAUGGUGGAAGAUCUAAAGAACAGAAUUGAAAGGACCCUAAAGUGUAAAAUGAUGGAAUGGCGAUCUAAACAGCCAACACGUUGGAAUAGACAGUGUACUUUUAUUUUGCGACAAAUCCUUCCUAAACUAGAACAUGACACUGGAAGUUUGGCUUCAUCUCAAGAAGAAAGUGAAUUGGAAAAGCUACUACCAUUUUAUUGGGUUGCUGGAUUUCCUAUCCAGAUGCCAUACACUGAUAUCCAAUCAGUUGUUGAUGCUGUUUAUCAAACAGGAAUUCACUCUUCUGAAUUUCCCCAGGUGGAAUUUGCUCUCGCAGUAUAUGUUCACCCAUACCCAAGCAACAUAUUAUCUGUGUGGGUCUAUUUGGCUUCUUUAAUCCGCUAUCAGUAA